GUGAACAGAGACCAACCCUGCAUCUCUCCAAGCCAUGGGGCUGCUUGUGGUGCUGAGCUGUGUCUCCCUGUGGGCUGGGCUGGCGCUGGCCGAGGUGGGACCAUUCAGUCGGUGCCAGCAGUAUUUCUACAAAGGAGUUGAGCCAGAGGGGUUCAACACCCAACGCACAGCAAAGAUCUGCCAGAGAUACAAUGGCACGUACCACUAUGCCACCCUGUAUGACAGGGACCACCGCAUCCCACGUUGGUCUGCGUACACGCUGAACGAGACGGCCUGUGAAGGGCAGCCCCAGAGAAGAAGCAGAUGGUUUAUAGAGCCACAGCUCUUUGCUGCAGACAAGGGCCCAGACAUGACAAUGGAGGCAGGGUCAGGCCUGACCCAGGAUGAGCUGAGAUCCAGCCAGGCCAUCAGCGAGGACUAUGAGGACACCUCCUAUGACCAUGGACCACUGAACCCGAGCAGUUUUCACUGUGACAGCAGCCGCACAGCCACCUUCACCCUCACCAAUGCUGCCCCCAUGGAGCCCUGCUUCCUCCGGAGCCGCUGGCACAAGCUGCAGCACCUAUUCCAGGCGGAGCUGGCCAAGAGCUGCCUUCGCCUAGGUGGUGUCACCUACCUGGUGACAGGCACCACCCCCAGUGGGGAGACCAUCCCCAGAGAGCACGAGGACCGGGAAGGGGACCGGGUACGGCCCUACCACCGGGUGUCCGUGCCCAGCCAUGUCUGGACAGCUGCGUGCUGUGACAAUCGUGACACCGACCGCAAGUUCUCUCUUGCUUUCCUGGCCGAGAACAGGGAGAAAUCCCAGCUGCAAAUCCUCCCCAUAGAGCAGCUGCACAAGGUGCUCCUGACUAUGAAUGCAACUGCUCAGACAGUCAGGAUCUUCACAGAUGACUGCAAUGCCCAGAGUCAGACAGCCCAGGAGGCUUUGUCACAUAUAAAAGUAGCCUUGAGCAGCAUCUUCCGGGACCUGAUGUCCCAACCAGGGGAGAAAAACAGACAGGACGAAGAGGCCAUACAGACAACAAGAAGCACAACCCCAGCUCCAACCGAGGGGGAGCAGAGAAGUGUUGGGACUGUGCUGGAAUUUCCCAGCCUGGCUGCCUGGCACAGCCAGUUCACGGAGGAGUACCACCGAGGACACCUGGCUUGUGUGUUGUCCACUGGACUUGAGCAGGCUUCAAGCACUUCAAGCAAACUGUGCAUCUUGCAGAAGCAGAAACAUCUGCCAGGCUCUGACAAAACAGCCAUGGGGUGGCAAUGCAUUAAGCAAGUCUGUGGGAGACACAGUGGGACCUACUACAGGUGGUGUCGUGCAGCUGGAGACUCAGGGAAGGGCUAUUGCUGUGCAGAGCGGUGUGUGUUCAAUUCAGUAACAAGGACGUAUGCGUGUGCACGCGGGGAUGGGGAAAUGACAGAAUGUUCACCCCAGUACUCAGCCGUGACCUUGACGGGGCAGCAGUGCCGUGCUGACUUCCCUUGUGGCCUCUAUGGGAAGAAAUAUUUCUGGUGCUACACCGAUUAUAGGGACAACUGGGAUUACUGCUGCUCUCCGCAGCACUACUGUGGGCACCAUGGGCAGGAGUACAUAUGGUGCUAUGUUUCAGACUCAGGCACAAAAUGGAAAUACUGUGUCCCCUAACAUGCCCAUCACAGGGAUACCCCUCUGCCUCUCUUCCCCUUAGGAUGUGAUCCUAGACGUAUUCAGUGAGGUCCCAGUGUGCAAGAGAGCAGGGUAUGGGUGUGGAAUAACAAGUAGCCAUUUCCCCUUGUGGAAUCAGAAAAAAAAUAAAUGCCUUAAACUUUGAUCAUACAAGUUAUAAGAUGACAUAACCGCUUUGUGGGGAAUUGCUGGCUCUGUAUAGUAGAACAGAUAAGAGAAAGUGUUUG